GUUUAUUAGAUUGGGGAAGUGACAAUAGAGACAGAGAGAGAUUGAAUAAACAAAUACGCGUACGCGAAGUUUUGUGUUUAAUAUUGAAUUAAUAUUCCAUCAACAUGCCAAUCUUGGAUAAAAGAAAAGGAGAUGACAUCCUGGCACUGGUUCCUGCCUCGAAGAGGACCAAAACCGAGGUUGUCUUUAGCAGCAGAGAAAAAGCGGUUGUGCAAAGCGAUCCACCACGAACCUCCUCCUUGAUGUCAAUGAUAAUGUUGCUCGAAGGACACCAAGGAGAUAUCUUUUCUCUAGAAUUUCAUCCAGAAGGGCAGUAUCUUGCGUCCACCGGAUUUGACCGACAAAUCUUUCUCUGGAAUGUUUAUGGAGAAUGUGAAAACAUUGGUGCCAUGACUGGACAUAGUGGUGCCGUGAUGGAGUUGCACUUUAGUCCCGAUGGCAAUCACUUGUACACAGCCAGCACAGAUAUGACGCUAGGUGCACGAAGGGGGCCAACGUUACUUUGCUCAGGCAGUGACGAUAGUACGAUACGUAUUUGGGAUCCGAGAAAGCGAGGCCAGUGUUACACACUGAACAAUACUUAUCAGGUUACUGCAGUGACGUUCAAUGAUACAGCGGAGCAAGUGAUUACCGGUGGGAUUGAUAACGAUGUAAAGGUAUGGGAUCUUCGGAAAAAUGCAGUGCUCUACAAAUUGAAAGGCCAUACUGACACCAUUACUGGACUGAGUCUUAGUCCUGACGGAUCGUACAUACUGUCCAAUGCUAUGGAUAACACAUUAAAGAUAUGGGACGUACGGCCAUUUGCGCCUUACGAACGCUGCGUAAAAAUAUUGUCUGGACAUCAACACAACUUUGAAAAGAAUCUUCUAAGAUGCGCGUGGUCACCGGAUGGUAGUAAGGUAUCAGCAGGAUCCUCAGACCGAUUUCACUAUAUUUGGGAUACUACGAGUCGUAGGAUAUUGUAUAAAUUGCCAGGGCACAAUGGAUCCGUAAACGAUAUUGAUUUUCAUCCAAAAGAACCUAUAGUAUGCUCGGGAUCUAGCGACAAGCAAAUCUACUUGGGCGAAAUUGAGACUUAAUGACGUUGUAGAUGGAACUCGCAGUGGAUCGUAUCUUGUAUAUUUCGUCGGACUUGCUAUUGAAAUAUAUAACUUAAAAUGUAAAAUUUAUACGAGUUAUUAUCGAGGUAUUUUGCUCCGAAGUUGAGCGUCUGUAAAAUGAUAACUUAUUAUU